AUGCCGUCUUGCGUGCUAAGAACUUGUAAAAAUCAAUCUACUGGGAAGAAAAAAGCUAGUGGCGUUACGUAUCAUCGGUUCCCGCGACCUGGUCACGAAAAAAGAGAAGCAUGGAUUAAAUUUGUUCAAAAUAAUCGUCGCGACGAAGAUUGGCUACCGACCGAACAUACACUUAUGUGUUCAGAUCAUUUCAAAAGUGAAGACAAACACUUUACAAAGACAGGUCGGCUGUAUCUCAAGAAAGGUGCAGUGCCAUAUGACGAUUAUCAUUAUCGCUGUUCAAAAUAUAGUCAUCCAAUACCCAUUGAACCAUCGUACAGUACUGUUGGGGCUAACACUUCAGCUACGCCAAACUUGUUGACUUCUCUUAGUCAAUCAUCUCAUCAACAACCUCAACAACAGCAAUAUUUGUUAUACUUUCCAUUCAGAUUCCCACAAGAUGCUAUUCGCAGAGAACUAUGGACAAAAGCUGUCCAAUAAGAGAGACAUGACCUUGAUUGGAAACCUGGCAAGAGAUCUAGAAUAUGUUCUAUUCAUUUCAAAGAUGAA